GUGCAUCGGAAUCAUCACUUUCGCUAAAGUAAUGAUUUCAAAGGUAAUAUUGUAUUUAGCUGUUUUGUAUUUAGUUUUUUCAUUGGAAUGUAAAACUGGAAAUGUGAUCAACAAGCCACUAGAUGAUUCACCUGUAAUCUGGCCUGCCACGUGGGAUCCGAGAGUCGCGGCUCCCCAACUCGACAAAGGGCAAACAUGCAGCUGGACUGUAACCAUUCCUGAUGGAUUUUAUGCAAAACUUGUUAUCAGUGCAAAAGCAAUGGAUCGAGACACCUACUUUCAAACAAUUGAUUCUGCUGGAAACAUGGCAAAAACGGCUGUCGAAAAAAAAGAACCGUAUUACUUUGUCAAACCUAAAUUUACAAUCGCUGUUUCUAACAACGCUCCCACUUCAUUUGGUUUUCAAAUUAACUGGCUCCCAUUUCCAACAACAGUUUCCGAAUACUCUGAUGUAACUGAACGAGCUACAGUCCUUAACGCCACAGAAACAACUUUCACCAAAUCAAUUUUCGAUAGUGUUGGGCUAUCUUUGCUUUCGUUCCCACAAGACCCCACUAACUAUUUCUCAUUGAGAAGCUCGCUUGUUUUUGAAGGAAGCUCUUUCAAUCAGGGCAAAUAUGUUGGAAAUCUUUUCCAAAUGUAUCAAACCAAAAAGCAGUGGUUCUCAAAAACUGGCUCCAUAAUUGUUGUAAACCUUGCUGCAAGUGGUAAUAGUGACAAGCUCCUGAUUCAGAAAUCAAUUUACGUCCAAGACAUUUCUCAAUUUGUGGAGCUGUACCCGGAAAUCAACACUUCCUACACUGAAACUAUCAACGGCGGAAAUCUUAAAUCUUCUCUCGUUUCCGUGUCAGGUGCCAACUUCAAAUUGACAAAAGUUGUCAUGAAUGACGGAGCAACAUUAUCCGUUUACUAUGGUUCUCCAACUGACAUGACACUUGUGAAGACCUACACUGGCCUGGAAAUCAACAAAGCCGUACCUCUGAACUUCCAAGGAGAUGUACUUCAAUUUGUUGUCAGCAGUGGACAAGCUGACUUUACUUUCAAAGGAUAUUAAGACAUUGAUUGUUAAAUAAGUGCAUUAAGUCAAAUUAAAAAUUCAAGCAAA